GGAGUGGUUUACCCAGCACCGCGGACCUGUCUCUUCGGCCGGUGAUUUCGACGCCGGUGCAAAACGCAUACGAACAAAAAAUAUAUAUUUACAGUUUUGAUUUUUUCGAAAACACAGUUUUAUUACAAGUCGUGUGUGUGUGUCCGAUAUAGUGAUUCGAUAUAGUGUGUGUUAAUAAUUGAACAAAAUACCCGUUUCGAUUGUACUAUGCAUAUUUGGGACGACAAACCCGUUUCGAUCAUGCACCACAAAGUAACCGGCAAAAAGAUGGAUUACUCGCACUGUCCGCUGAAAAAGCGACCCGUCCACUACGACAGAUACGUCAAGGACGAGAUGGAUUUCGAAACCGCACAAGACUUGACCGAACCCGAAAACCUGAGCACCAAGCCCCAAGACUUGAGCGUCAAGUGCAAACCGUCGACGGUGACUUUGCAAGAUUCCAAAAAAGAAGUACCGUUCGGUCACCACCAGUUACCGGUACAACCGUCGCCGUACCACCACCAUCCGUACCAGCCGACGGCCAUCAAGCCGGGCCCGCUGGAACCGCUCUGCCUGAACAUAGCCGCCGGCGGCGACCACCCCGGCGGCGUGGGCUAUCACCACCACCACAACAACAACAACAACAACAACAACCACUAUCACGGUCCCGCCGUGCCGCGUCCCGUGCCGGCCCAGUACCCGCCGGCGGCGUACCCGUUCGGUUACAUGUACCACGGACUGUCGGCCGAACGAGCGUACCCGGUGUACUCGCACGGACUACCGCCGCCGCCGCCGUCCGCCACGCACUUGCCGCAAUCGUGCGUGGCUCGCGACGCUUCACUGUCGCCGCCCGGCUCGGCGUACUCCGCGUUCAAGCCGCACGUGCCCGGCGCCGCGUGGCAAAGCCGCGGCUCGGACGGUUGGUCGCCGUCCACCGUGACCGAGACGUCGUCGCCCGCCGUGUCGCCGUACGGCGCCCAGUCCAGCGAGAGCGACACCGCGUCGUCGGCAGCCACUACCGCGACCGGCUCGACGGCCGCCGGCAAGUCGGGCGCGGCACGGUACAAGUGCGGCUCGUGCGCCAAGACGUACUCGACCGUGUCCGGGCUGACCAAGCACCAGCAGUUCCACUGUUCCGACGACGAGUGCGGCAACGGCGGCGGCUCGCCGAAAACGUUCAGCUGCAAGUUCUGCGACAAGGCGUACAACACGCUGGGCGCGCUCAAGAUGCACAUCCGCACGCACACGCUGCCGUGCAUAUGCAAGCUGUGCGGCAAAGCGUUCAGCCGGCCGUGGCUGCUGCAGGGGCACAUCCGCACGCACACCGGCGAAAAGCCGUUCUCGUGCCCGCACUGCAACCGGGCGUUCGCCGACCGGUCCAACCUCAGGGCGCACCUGCAGACCCACUCGGACGUGAAGAAGUACUCGUGCCCGACCUGCAGCAAAACGUUCAGCCGCAUGUCGCUGUUGACCAAACAUUGCGACACCGGAUGUCCGCGGCUGCAAGUGGCCGACAGCGGCCUGCACCACCAUCAGCUCCACAACGUAUCGCCCCCGCUGGCCCAUUGACGGGACGGCCGCAUAUGCGUCGUCCUCAUACUAUUGAUUCUUGCCACCAAUUAUUAUUAUUAUAACUAUUUAUUUAUUGUAAUUAUUAUUAUUUGAAUUUUUUUUUUCCAUGUAAUACUUAUAAUGCUUUAUUUUUUUUUUUACAUCUACUUCGUACUAGUCACUUUUUACAUAUUUAUUUAUUUAUAUAAUAAAUAAACAACUGCACUGUAUUAGGACAUAAGGUUAAUAUUAUAGUUAUUAUAAUAUAUAUAUUAAACAUUAUUAUUAGGUAUUAUUAUUAUUAUUAUUAUUAUUAUUGAGCCAUAUUUAUUGUGCAUGAUAUAUGUAUGUUGAGAACUAGUCGCCGUUUAUACUGUUUUAUACCCCAUGUCGGAUUCGGCCAUUAUAUUGUGUAUUAUUAUGAUAAUUUAAAAAAUAUAUAUAUUUUUAUAUUAUAUAAUGU